AUGCAGGAACCGUGCGGCUGCUGCCACCGAAUCCCAUCUCAGUACCAGCGCCUGGACCCGUUCAGGUACCAGACCCCCAUUCCGGUUCAGGAGGAUGAGGAGGAGGAGGCGGCCGCGGGGCUCUCGGUGCCCGGCGUCUAUUUCCGCUGCCCGCUGACCGGCGCCGUGGUGAGGAAGAGCGCGAGGGAGAAGCACGUCCGGGAGGCCAUCCUGGCGUAUUUCGCCGUAGAUCCUGUGGCUGCCUCCAUCAUGGAGAUCCACACCUUCAACAAGGACCGGGAGAGGGUGCGCGCGGGCGUGGAGACCAUGGCCAGGUACCUGGAUAACAUCUAUGUUCAUCCAGAGGAGGAGAAGUACCGGAAAAUCAAACUACAGAACAAAGUGUUUCAGGAAAGGAUAAGCUGCCUGGAAGGGACACACAAAUUUUUCCAGGCUGUUGGCUUUGAGACAAAAGUACUAGCUGUUCCAGAACAAGAGACCACAGAAGAGUACUACGUGCUGAAGGAGGAAAUGCUGACCAGGCUGGAAGACCUCAAGGACUACAAAGAGCAGCUGCUAAGCUCGGAGCCGGUGAGGGCGCAGCUGGAUCGGCAGCUCUCCGUGUUCAAACCAUCUCCGGCAGCUGCCCAUUUCGAGCUGCCCAACGACUUCUACAACCUCACGGCAGAAGAGAUCAAACGAGAGCAGAGGCUCCGGUCGGAAGCGGUGGAGAAGGCCUCGAUGCUGCGGACAAAGGCCAUGCGGGAGAGAGACGAGCAGAGGGAACUGCGCAAGUACAACUACACCCUGCUCCGCGUCCGCUUUCCCGACGGAUACAUCCUCCAAGGGACAUUUUAUGCACGAGAAUCAAUAUCUAUGCUCUACAGUUUUGUGAGAGAAGCACUUGUCAAUGACUGGCUGCCCUUUGAGCUGUUGGGGCCUGGAGGCGUCAAACUGACAGACGAGAACUUGGCCUUCAGUGAAUGUGGGUUGGUGCCCUCGAGCCUCCUGACCCUGGUCUGGGAUGCAUCGGUCAUGGCAGACAUCCAGGCUGCGGGAGAGGAGCAGCCAGAGAGCCCCCUCAAACCACAGCUCCUCUCCCAGGUCCAGACCCUGUCAUGAAAUAAAGGGGAGUGGAGUCAGAGCUGAUGAUUUUAGCCUCUUCCUUCAUGUCCCCACGGCCUGGUGGAGCCUGGACAUGAGUCUCCUUUUAGCUCAAUGCAGUGGAAGCCCAGAUUGUGCCCUGCCACAACCCCUGCUGUCAUCUCCACAACGCCAGCAGCCCUCCACUAAAGCAGCCUUGCCUACUAAAACAYUACGGGGCUGCUUUGGAGGGCUUGUAAAACCACGUUCUAGCAGUUACUGCUUGAGGUAUUUUCUAGAUCCCAAGGACUUACCCCUCUCCUCCCUUGGAGGAGGGAUUAGGUUCUAAUUCAAGGCUGGAUUACCAAGUGAUGGAGCCUGGAUCCUGGGCUGGGCCUAGAACUCAGCUUUUCCUUUUGCUUCUGUGUGCACUGUUAACUCCUCCUGGAGAGAGUUUAUUUAGAUAAAUUAUGUUGAGUCCGAUUAAAU